AUGGCUGCUGUCGCUGUCCCCCAAACCCAGACUGCCAUUAUUGCCGCCGACUCGGAGGGCACCCUCAAGAUCGCCAGCGAUGUUCCCGUCAUCCCGCUUGAGCCUGAUGCGGUCCUCGUCAAGACGGCUGCGCUGGCCCUGAACCCCGUCGACACCAAGAUGUUCAAGGGUUUCGCUGCCGAGGGCGCGAUCCUGGGCUUUGACUUUGCCGGCACCGUCGUCGCCGUCGGCUCCGCCAUCGCCAAGGACGUCAAAGUCGGCGACCGGGUGCUCGGCUCAGCCGACAGCAUGGACGUCAAGCGGCCCAGCGGCGGCGCUUUCUGCGAGUACGCAUCGACGCCCGCCAGUCUGACUCUCAAGAUCCCCGACGACAUGUCCUUCACCGACGCCGCGUGCAUCAGCACCUCGCUGGCCUCGGCGGGCAUGGCGCUGUGGUACAGCAUGAAGAUCCCGGCGACCAUGGCCAGCCCGGCGACCGGCGACAAGCGGCCGUACGUCCUCGUCUACGGCGGCUCGACCUCGACCGGCACCAUGGCCAUCCAGAUGCUCAAGAACGCCGGCCUGCGCCCCAUCGCCACCUGCUCCCCGCGCCACGACGAGUUCGUCCUCUCCUACGGCGCUGAGAAGGUCUUUGACUACCACUCGCCCACCUGCGCCAAGGACAUACGCGCUUACACCGGCAACGCUCUGGCCUACGCCAUCGACUGCAUCACGCUCACUUCCUCUAUGAAGAUCUGCUACGAGGCCGUCGGCCGCGCCGGCGGCCGCUACUGCGCGCUCGACCCCUUCCCCGAGACCCAGGCCACCCGCCGCGUCGUCAAGCCCGACUGGAUCCUGGGCUCGACCGUCAAGGGUCGCGGUUCCAUGUGGCCCGCGCCCUACGGCCGUGAGCCCGAUGCCACUGCCCGCUCCUUCUGCGAGGACCUCUACGCCGCUGCCCAGGUUCGCCUGGACGCCGGUGAGCUGAAGAACCACCCCGCCCAGGUCAUGCAGGGCGGCUUCGAGGGCAUCCUUGAGGGCAUUGAGAUGAUUCGCCGCAAGGAAGUCAAUGGUUUCAAGCUUGUCUACCCCGUCAACUAA